CCAGCCAUGCGCCGCGGAUAUUAAAAGCCUUAGACUAUACUACAUGCCGGUGGGAUCAACUAAGUGGGUGGAUAUUUGGACAUAACACAGGAAUUGAUCCCUUGACGCGCAGAAUGAACCGCGAAAGGGACAGAUGGGACGCGGGCAAACCGGCGACUUUGUUGGCAAUUUUGUGGAAUCCACGUAGCGUCACUAUGGAGCCUUUAUCUUCUCUGAGCUGCUCAGAAAGCCUUCGUGUCUUCACAGAGGUGAAGGAAGUUAAGUGAGCUGAGCUUGUAGUAGAAUGGUCCUCCUCGGCUGGGACUCUGAGGGAAGGCGAUGGCAGCUUUUCACCACAGCAACCCAACGGACAGGGACAUCAGGAGGGUUCUCCAAAAACUUCUAAUCAUGCUCUCUCUGGGAAUAAUCUGUGUCUCUCUUUUCUACUUCCUCGCGGGAUGCUGCGAGUCGGACAUAAGGGACAACUCCAUCUCUCAAAGACCCGCCAGUGAGUUUCUUUUAUCAGGAUGGUAUCAUGACAGAAACGGGACGUUGUAUAAGGACGUUGUAAUGGUACAGAAUGAAGAUGGAUACCCAGUAGCCGGGGAGAGGAGCACAAUAACUCCGGUUUUGGAGACGAAUAACUCGGUUAAAGAUUUGACGGCGACACGGCGGUUACCCCAAGCCCUCAUUAUAGGGGUAAAGAAGGGUGGCACGAGGGCUCUUUUGGAGUUUCUCAGGCUGCACCCGGACAUCCGCGCGCUGGGCUCUGAACCGCACUUCUUUGACCGGCAUUACGCACGAGGUUUGGACUGGUACAGGAGUAUGAUGCCCAGGGCCUUGGAUGGCCAGGUUGUCAUGGAGAAGACACCGCGUUAUUUUGUUACCGUGGAGACCCCGGGGCGUGUACACUCCAUGUCGCGUGACGUGAAGCUGAUUGUGGUGGUCCGAGACCCUGUGACCCGGGCCAUCUCUGACUACACUCAGAUCAUCUCCAAGACCCCCCACAUCCCCACCUUCGAGACCCUCGCCUUCAAGAACCGCACCAAUGGUGAGAUCGACUCUCUGUGGAGCCCUCUAUGGAUCGGACUGUACGCCCAGCACCUGGAGCGUUGGCUGGCCUGGUUCCCCCGGGCCCAGAUCCAUCUGGUCAGUGGGGAGGGCCUCAUCUCCGACCCAGCCGGAGAACUAGGAAAGGUCCAGGACUUUCUGGGCCUUCAGAGGAUUGUGACGGACAAGCACUUCUACUUCAAUAAGACUAAAGGUUUCCCCUGCCUGAAGAAACCGGAGGGCAGCAGCAAGCCCCACUGCCUGGGGAAGACUAAAGGCAGGACACACGCCUCCAUUGAUCCGGAAGUGAUCCGGAGACUGAGGGAGUUCUAUAGGCCGCACAACCAGCGGUUCUAUCAGAUGACUGGCCAGAACUUUGGAUGGCAAUGAGGACUCAGUAGGGAUACCAAGGUAAAACAUGCAUCCAGAGUAACAAAGACACUCAGGCAUGGUUCACAGGGACAGGGACAGACAUUAAUGCCAUUUUGGACAUGCAGGACAAAUCUAAUAAGACCAACUACAAUCCACAGCAUGUGCGCUCUGAUUACAACCUCAUUGGUGCCCAAAGCGAAAGAGUACACUUUCUACUCAAACAGGCAUAAAUCCUUCUCACAAAUCGAUUUUCAUACUAUUAUCUACACCUCCAUUUUCUAUAAUCAAGAAAAUAGAAAUUGGACAUAUGAGCUUGUCUGACCACCAUGCUUUACCACUGCCAACUGCCAACUGUCAGAAUCUCCUAAAAUACCCACAAGAUGGCGUUUCAACGUUUCUUUCACACAAAACCCUACAUUCUGUAAUCAAUUUGAAAUUGAGAUAAAUUAAUUCAUAACGAUCAAUAAAAAAAAGUGGUCGAUGACCCCAGGAUUCUAUGGGAUGCCAGCAUAGGUUUUUGCUAAAGAUAAUGCAUUUGUAUCUGUUUUGAAUAAAUCACAAUCAAAAAAAGAUAUCAGAUUUGGAAAUGUUGUGCACUUUUAGAGCAUUCUAAACAAACACUAUUUCCAGACCAGGUAACUAUUACUCUUUCCAAAGUCAUGACAGAACUUUGUUUAUUGAUAAAGACAGAGUGCAGAACUUGCCUUCCAUCGAGUUCGAUUCAACCAGUACUUCCAUGGUCCCAUUCGUUUACUGGCUGACAAGCUACGCAGUAACAAACAAUUAGCUGACAAAGCGGCUAUUGAAUCUGAAACAGUGAAAUUACUAUCAGAACCCAAAUGAAUCAAUCAAAGAUUCUUCCGCUUUUAUAAAUAACUGUAAACCUCUGAUUAUAAAUCCACACCAAGUUCUUUAUAAAAAAAUAAUAAUGAAGAACUCUUCUCUCAACAGAGAAAAACACCUUGCCGGGAUCCCAAAUCUCUCUCACUGAACUGAAAGGGGAGUUGGAUGGCAUGAAUAAAGGAAAACCACCUGGAUGGGUGGUUAUUCCUCCUGAGGUCUAUUUAACAUUUUGGAAACAAUUAGGUCCACUAUUCCUUGAAAUGUUUAAUAUGUUCACAAGGGUUCAUUUGGACGAGAUGUGAACACAGCACUAAUUUCACUUUUAUUUUAAAAAAAAGGUAAGGCUGCCACCCAUUGUUCUCAUUAUCGCCCCCUAUCUUUGAUCUGCAUACAGAGUAAUGACAUAGCCACGUACAGAGUAAUGACAUAGCCACGUACAGAGUAAUGACAUAGCCACGUACAGAGUAAUGACAUAGCCACGUACAGAGUAAUGACAUAGCCACGUACAGAGUAAUGACAUAGCCACGUACAGAGUAAUGACAUAGCCACGUACAGAGUAAUGACAUAGCCACGUACAGAGUAAUGACAUAGCCACGUACAGAGUAAUGACAUAGCCACGUACAGAGUAAUGACAUAGCCACGUACAGAGUAAUGACAUAGCCACGUACAGAGUAAU